AUGCAUUUCACGAGCCUAAGCGUCGCUCUCCUCGCCCUGCUUGCUGUAGGAGCAUCUGCCGCAACUCACAAGGUUGAGGUCGGCAAGGGUGGGCUCAAUUACAACCCGAAUACCAUUAAGGCUACCAAGGGAGACAUCAUCGAGUUUCACUUCGACUCCAUGCACACAGUUACUGCCGGCGACUUCAACAAGCCAUGUACUCCAGCUGCCAGUGGAGGAUUCUAUUCUGGCGAUCUUCCUGGAGAAGGAAACUCAUUCUUCUCAAUUACUGUCAACAACACUGAUCCCAUCUUCUUCUACUGCGCCAUUGAAGGCCAUUGCCAGGCCGGAAUGGCAGGUGUUAUUAACCAGGGCUCUGACACCCUCAAGGAGUAUCAAAGUGCUGCAGCGAAAACUGACAAGAGCACCAGCCCAAAGGCUGCGUUUGGUGGCACC